AGUUAGAGUAGUUUUUAUGGACGCUACCAGUGGUGGAGAGUGGAGCUAUAUUAGUUUAAACCAGUAAUUAGUGAUUCAAGCACGUUUGUAGAACAUUGUUAAUUGUAAAAGUGAUCAACUGUUUCUUACAGGAGGGGGGGAUUAAUAAGAGCGCGAGUCCCUCGGUUAUUCGGAAAACAUACUCGUCUGGCGACUUCGUUACUGCGAGCACAGGCACUGUUAGAAAGAAGUCAGCAAAUCGGAGCAGUAUCAUGGAUAGCCUUAAGGACUUAGAGGGUGAAGUGGACCAUUCCUUUUUUGACAGUGAUAAUGGCGAAGAACAAAGACAAGACCUCAAAGAGGCCAACAAUAGCAAACAUCAAAAACACAAUGAACUAAAGCAGAGCAGUACUAAAGAAAAAGGAAGAAGUGAACUGGGAAGAAAUGGAAACAGGGAAGAAGUUAGAGAAGGGCAAGAAGAGAAAGAAUCAAGCAGUGGCUCAAUAAAAGAAGAAUGCAAUCUAUCAGCAAGUUCUUUCUCACUGUCAUCAUUGGCUAAAUCAGAGGCUAGUAAUAGUAAUCUGGAAGGAGCCUCUGGUAGCCAGAUAAAAAUUCCAGAAAAAAUCAGAUCAUGUUCAUCUGCUGAGGAGAUGGAGGACGAGGGGGAUGAUGGUGAUGAUGAUGAAAGUGGAGAUGGUUACAAUAGAAAUGAAGAGGACAGUGAGGAAAUGCCAGAUCAAGAACAUUCCACGUGUAAAUCUGCUCACCACAACAGUUUGAAAAAAGUGAGCAGCAAAAACAGAAACUAUAGCCCUGCUUCAUCAUUGGGAUCCGUGAGUUCCAGCAGUGAAUCGGAGAGUUACACAUCGCCCAGAAAAAAAUCUGCAGGGUUGUCACUCUCUUCCCCCAGACAUCGAUCCAAAUUAUAUUUAAUGCCAAGAAAAGAAAAAACUAGGUUCCUGGAGGACUCUGAAGAUACUGUGACUGAUGUAAUUCCAUUAUCCACGCCUGACGUCAGCCCUGUUCGGUCUUUUGAUUUAACAAUGGCAAAAAACCUGAAGAAGCAGCAAAUUAAAAACCAGCACAAUAUGGGCCUUGGUCUCUGUGGGGAUUCUGGAAAUUAUUACACUGACGAAGGUAAAAAGAGGUCCCCAAAGAUGCAGAAGGAGAGAAGUAAUAUGUCUGGCAACAACUUUUCAUUGCCUGUGCCUUUAAAGUCUGAUGUUGGUAGCAGGCACAACCAAAGUGGUGCCAUGGAUCUCAGUCAUCUUCUAAAAGCUUUUAUGCAUCUCGAAAGCAAGACGCAGCAAAAUGCGCACAUUGAUUGGCCUGAACGGAAGUCAAGAAAAAACUUUUCAUUUAGCAACGAAGAUGUGAGGCGCAUUGAUCAAGAGAACCAGAGAUUACUGAGGGAACUUUCCAGGCAAGCCCGUCCAACGAGUAAGAGCCUCAAUCCAAAGAAACCUGCCAGUCCCCCUGCAAGGCUGUACCACAGUGCUCUCAACAGGCAGCGGGAACAGCAAAAAAUCGAGAGAGAAAACAUGGCUUUCUUGAAAAGACUUGAAUCAGUGAAGCCAACUCUGGGAAUGAAACGUUCUGAACAGCUAUCAGACUAUCAGCGCCACAUGAGGUACAUGGGCUCAGUACCUUUAGGCAGAAUGAGCUCCGCAGGUGGAUCUACUAGAUCAGCCAGUGUUGCAAGCCAUUGUAGGGAAAGACCCAGCGUAUCCACUACUGCUGUUUCCAGGCCAAGCAGAACUGCUGAAGCAAGAGCUGCUUGGUCAUAAUUCCCAUUCAUUACUAUCUUUACUAUAUGUUGCAUGGUGGAUAUGUUUUCUGUUAUAAAAAUAUCAGGUACUGUGCAGCUUCUGUGUAAAUGUAAAAUAAAUUAUUUUGUGAUUUUGACUCAA